AUGCUGAGAAUUUUGAUUCCAUUUAUUGCCCUCUGGGUGGAGGCUAGCUUGGGGUCUCUCAACUUGGAGCUUGAGCAGACACCCAAGUGGUCUAUGGCCGACAUGACGAAGGCCAAGGCUGGAGAGCCCUUGUCCUUUGGAAGCGCAAUCAAUCUAUCAUCUAUUCAAACCCUAGAGGGCCGAGGAUUGUUCGCAUUGGAAAAGAGGGAGUGUCUUAAUACUGGAUAUUACGUGUGCGAAGAUGGAGCAAGAUGCUGCCCAAAUGGAGACACCUGCGUUGCCUUGGGCUGCUGCGAAGGUACAAGCGAACAGUGCGGAACUCGCAAGUGUUACGACUCGAGCUCACAAACCUGCUGUGGGUCUGAGAGCGAUAUUGACAGCCUCGUCUGCGGUGAUGGCCAGGUGUGCCAACCAGGCGGAUGCUGUGAUUCUGGGUAUAAACAGUGUGGAUCACAGGGCUGCUACGCCCCGGAUACACAAGUUUGCUGCGCAGCUUACAACACGCAUUGUCCGAAAGGCUACGAUUGCGUUACGGGGGGUGACUGCUGCAAAUCCGGUCUGGUGCCCUGCGGAGAUACCAAGUGCUAUGAUCCUGAUACGCAAACUUGCUGCGGUAAUGGCGCUGGUGCUUGUCAAAAAGGCACUACUUGCUGUGGGAGCAAAUGCUGCAAAGAUAUCGCGUACUGCGGGUCUAAUGACAUCUGUUCCGCUUGCCCCGACGAAACGAAGACGGUAACGUCCACGCAGACCACCACGGACGUCGUGGUCAAGACGAAUACUAUCACAGAGGUCCCCAAGGACGAGCCUACAGGCUUCAGCUGCGUGCCGAUAACAGUAACGAAUACCGACGAGGAAACACUAAUCCUCGGGACGGACUGCGGGCUUACAUACGAACCGCCCAGUACUACCUCAACCGAUGAUGGUAGUCUGCGACUCCGCGCGAGACAGAUCAACUGCAAAGCCCCUGCAACAAGAACUACAACCGUGAUUGUGACAAAGGGCGUUACUACACGCACAACCACCACCAUCACUACCACCAAGGCGGCGUCCGAGUUAGGAUUCUCGUGUCCUCCGAUGGAGGCUACGAACGAUGCUGGCGACGUGCUCGCGUUGGAUGAGGAUUGUUCCAUGAGUUUGUCAUUUGCUGAACCAACCACCACCUCUGAAAGCCAAAGGACAGUUACUGUCCAGGGCGGAGGCGGUAGUGCCAGCACCAGUGAGGCUGGUGGGGAUUCAGCUGCGAGCCCGAUGGGAGGACCGUUUGUGUCAGCAGGGACACUGGCUAUCAUCUGGGUGGCUGGAUUCAUUGCACAAGGCAUUUGA